CUGGCCUUGUCUACUUUGGAGUUCUCUCUCAGCGCAAGCUGUAACUUCUUCCGACGGAUUCUGGCUUCACCGCUGUUACCUGUGGAGGCCGGCCAGUCUUGCGGGUCUCGGAUUUGGCCAUCUUUCUGUCGUCGUAUUCCAGACAGACUGGCCCUAACUCAUGAGGAACAUUAAUGUGUAGCAAGGCGAAUUCUAUAACCGAGAAACAGACAACUCCAUUGCCAGAGAGACAGCAGAGGGGAGGACGGCAGAGUUCACGGACGCGUGGUGGGAGCAUCUGUAGCGCUGGAGAAGAGGCUUGGUGGGCCUGACACUUAAGAGUUCGUUUGCUUCUUUCCUCGGCCUCCUGCCUUGCUGCUUUGCAGGUGUAUGCCACCUAGGGUACCGUUAGGGACCGUUUCAAUGGCAUACUGAGGGGGAAGCGCAGUAAUUAUCUACCGAAUACUCCCCGUUAUAUUACAAAGACUGUAAUGCACACCUUAAAUUCACACUGAUAAUGGCACUUUUAACAAAUUUUCUAAGAAAGCACUCUUAGCUGGGCGCGGUGGCGCACGCCUUUAAUCUCAACGCUCAGUAGGCAGGCAGAGCUCUAUGAGUUCGAGGCCAGCCUGGUCUACAAGGCGAGUUCCAUUACAGCCAGGGAAGAUGGAAGAACUGAGCCAAGCCCUAGCUAGUAGCUUUUCUGUGUCUCAAGAACUGAACAGCACAGCUGCCCCACACCCUCGCCUGUCUCAAUACAAGUCCAAGUAUAGCUCCUUGGAGCAGAGUGAGCGGCGGCGCCAGUUGCUAGAGCUGCAGAAAUCCAAGCGGUUGGACUAUGUGAACCAUGCCAGAAGACUGGCUGAAGAUGACUGGACAGGGAUGGAGAGUGGGGAAGAGGAGAAGAAGAAAGAUGAGGAGGAAAUGGAUUUGGACCCUGUCAAGAAGUUACCAAAACGCUAUGCUAAUCAAUUGAUGCUUUCUGAGUGGUUAAUUGACGUCCCUUCAGAUUUGGGGCAGGAAUGGAUUGUGGUUGUGUGCCCUGUUGGGAAAAGAGCCCUUAUCGUGGCCUCCAGGGGCUCAACCAGUGCCUACACUAAGAGUGGCUACUGCGUCAAUAGGUUUUCUUCCCUUCUUCCAGGAGGCAAUAGGAGAAACUCAACAACAGCCAAAGACUACACCAUUCUGGACUGCAUUUACAGUGAAGUGAACCAGACAUACUAUGUUUUGGAUGUGAUGUGCUGGCGGGGACAUCCUUUUUAUGACUGUCAGACUGAUUUCCGAUUCUACUGGAUGAAUUCAAAGUUACCAGAAGAAGAAGGACUUGGAGAGAAAACCAAGAUUAAUCCCUUUAAGUUUGUGGGGCUUAAGAAUUUCCCGUGUACCCCUGAGAGCCUGUGCAAGGUGCUGUCUAUGGAUUUUCCUUUUGAGAUCUGCGUUUUAUGGAUCUGUGCACUCUCUGGCACUAAAGGGUCCUCCGAAUUUGGCUUACAUCACAGUGGACUGAUGGAUAGAAGACCCUUAGAAUGCUGGAUUCGAUGGAGUGUGUCUGUGAUCCCAGCAUCAGGACUUAAAGGUAGUUGUGCAUCAAUAGCUACAAAGUAAGUCUGAGGCCAAUCUGGGUUAUAUGAGACCCCAUCUCAAAAAAUCAAAACCAAAAUCAGUACAGGCUGGACGCCUUGGCAGAUACUGGUAACCUCAGCACUUGGUAACCUCAGCACUGACAUGACUACAGGUUUGUUAGUGCUGCCCUACUCUUCCUAGGGAGUUCCAGGUCAGCCAGGGCUACAGAGGGAGACUGUCAAAAAUGAAAACAAUAAAGAUCUUUCAACCUGGUGUGGCUGUGCACGCCUUUAAUCCCAGCACUCAGGGGGCCAGCCUGGUCUAUAGAGUUCCAUGAUAACCAGGACUAGAGAGAAAAAAGCUGUCUCAAACCAAAAACAAACAAACAAACAAAAAAGAAAGAAAAAGAACUUUACUUAAAGCAGGAAACCAUUGUAAUCUCAUGAUAUUCAUACAAGUUUUACCAUUACUGCUAAUGUUUCGAUUAUAAAUUAAUUGGUUGUUAAAGAGGAAUCUGUAGGAAAAUGAAUUUUUUUUUUUUUUAAGCACCACCUCAAUAGGGAAUGUCCUUAGAUCCCACAGUGGCUUACCCAAGAAACAUGUCCUCUCCUAUUACCUGCAGAACUUUUGGCUGGAGGGCUGCAGGACCAAAUCACUGGAUUCUAAAUUCUGGUUUAAUCUGUUUUCAGCACUGCAGUCUGCUUGUUGCUUGUCACUCACAAAGUGAGUCAGAGUUCCAGCCACACACUCUGGCAGCAGGGGAGGGUUAUUUCUUUGUCUCAUACUGGCACUCGGGAGCCGGAGCCUCCAUUAGUCCAUGGUCUUGGCUGCCUCCGAGUGUCCUGUCAUUUCUUAUUCUGUUUGGUUUUGCUGUCUCUUCCCAAUUCCUCAACUGAGUUCCAGAGAACUUACCUUAUUAGGGAGGAAACACGUAUUUGUUUAAAUGACUUUUAUUUAAUUAUAUUUUGGAGACAGGGUUUCACUUUGUAACCCUGGCUGCCCUGGGCUGUACAGACUAGGUAGGAUUCAAACUCAAGAGAUCCACCUGCCUCACUUUGCCUCCUGAUUGCUGGAAUUAAAGGUAUGUACCACUAAUGCCCAGCCCAAAUGACUAUUUAAAUAUACAUAAGUAAACCUAUACUGAACCAAGACAGUGGUUGCCCUUCAAAGCAGAAGUGACUGGGAGGGAACAAAAUAGGACUUUGGUCCCCCAUCCCCACCCCCACCACCAACCCCACCGCCAGAGCUGAGAACCAAACCCAGGGCCUUGCGCUUGCUAGGCAAGCACUCUACCACUGAGACAAAUCCCCAACCCCAGGACUUUGUUACUGUCUUUGUUUAUUGCUGUGAAGAGACACCAUAGCUAAGGCAACUCUUAGAAAGGUGGCGACUGAGCUGAGAUUCUACAUCUUGAUUCAAAGGCAGCAGCAGGAGACUGCUACACCAGGCAUGGUGGGAGCAUAUAUAUAAGACCCCAAAGCCUGCUCCUUCCUCCAGUGACUCACUUCCUCCAACAAGGCCACACCUACUCUGGCAAGGCCAUAUCUAAUAUUGUCGCUCCCUAUGGGCUACACAUGAGUCCAUGUGGGCCGUAGUAUACAAGUCAUUAGAGUUAAGAUGGGAAAAUUUUAUUUUUUAAGAUUUUAUUUAUAUAGUUCAUUGGCUUUUUGAGACAGGGUUUUCCUGUGUAGCCUAUCUGUUCAGGAGCUUGUCCUGUAGACCAGGCUGUUCUGCCUUCCAAGUGCUGGGAUCAAAGGUGUGGGCUACUACUACCCAGCUUAAGGUUUUAUUUAUGUUUAUGUCUGCAUAAGAAGAAGUUAGAAGAGGGUGUUGGAUCUUCCGGAGCUGGAGUUUUCCAUGGUGAGAACUGUCUGGAGUGGUUGCUCGGAACGAAGUCUAUCAGAGAGCAGCAAGCACUCUGAGUCAUUCUCUCCAGUUCC